AUGGAGAUGGAGAGCGCGGCGGCCUCCACACGUUUCCACCAGCCUCACAUGGAGAGGAAGAUGAGCGCGAUGACCUGUGAGAUCUUUAACGAGCUUAGACUGGAGGGCAAGCUCUGCGACGUGGUCAUCAAGGUCAAUGGCUUUGAGUUCAAUGCCCACAAGAACAUCCUCUGUAGCUGCAGUUCCUACUUUAGAGCUUUGUUUACAAGUGGCUGGAACAACACCGAAAAGAAGGUAUACAACAUUCCUGGCAUUUCCCCGGACAUGAUGAAGCUAAUUAUUGAAUAUGCAUACACCCGGACCAUCCCUAUCACGCCGGACAAUGUGGAGAAACUGCUGGCUGCUGCAGACCAAUUCAACAUCAUGGGUAUUGUUAGGGGUUGCUGUGAGUUCCUCAAGUCGGAGCUGUGUUUGGAUAACUGUAUCGGCAUCUGCAAGUUCACAGACUACUACUACUGCCCCGAGCUGAGGCAGAAGGCCUACAUGUUCAUACUGCACAACUUUGAGGAGAUGGUGAAAGUCUCGGCCGAGUUUUUAGAGCUCUCAGUCAGUGAACUGAAGGAUAUCAUUGAGAAAGACGAGCUCAACGUCAAACAAGAAGAUGCUGUAUUUGAGGCCAUUUUAAAAUGGAUUUCUCAUGACCCCCAAAACAGGAAGCAGCAUAUUUCAGUUUUGCUUCCCAAGGUUCGCCUGGCCCUAAUGCAUGCUGAGUACUUCAUGAACAAUGUUAAGAUGAACGACUACGUCAAAGACAGUGAGGAAUGCAAGCCAGUCAUCAUUAAUGCCCUAAAGGCCAUGUAUGAUCUAAACAUGAAUGGACCCUCCAAUUCUGACUUCACCAACCCACUCACCAGGCCCCGCCUGCCCUACGCCAUCCUAUUUGCAAUCGGUGGCUGGAGUGGUGGGAGCCCCACCAAUGCCAUUGAGGCAUAUGAUGCUCGGGCAGACAGAUGGGUGAAUGUCACUUGUGAGGAAGAGAGUCCCCGUGCCUACCAUGGGGCAGCCUAUUUGAAAGGUUACGUUUAUAUCAUUGGGGGGUUUGACAGUGUAGACUAUUUCAAUAGCGUUAAGCGUUUUGACCCAGUCAAGAAAACGUGGCACCAGGUGGCCCCGAUGCACUCCCGUCGUUGUUACGUCAGUGUGACAGUCCUCAGCAAUUUUAUUUAUGCCAUGGGAGGAUUUGACGGCUACGUGCGUCUCAACACUGCUGAGCGCUAUGAACCAGAGACCAACCAGUGGACGCUCAUCGCCCCCAUGCAUGAGCAGAGGAGUGACGCCAGUGCCACCACGCUCUAUGGGAAGGUAGGUGGCUUUGACGGAGCAAAUCGACUUAGGAGUGCGGAAGCCUACAGCCCAGUAGCUAACACUUGGCGCACGAUACCCACUAUGUUUAAUCCUCGUAGCAAUUUUGGCAUCGAGGUGGUAGACGACCUCUUGUUUGUGGUGGGCGGCUUUAACGGCUUUACCACCACCUUUAACGUGGAAUGCUAUGAUGAAAAGACAGACGAGUGGUAUGACGCCCAUGACAUGAGCAUCUACCGCAGCGCCCUGAGCUGCUGUGUGGUGCCGGGGCUGGCCAACGUCGGGGAAUAUGCGGCUAGACGGGACAACCUCACAGGAUUAGCACUGCGAGAUGAAGUAAAAUACUCCGCUUCGACAAGUACCCUACCUGUAUGA